AUGGAUUACCUCUCUAAACCUGGGUUCCUCAGUGUCAUCGCUGGCGUUGCCUGCGGAGUGUGCCUGGGAUGGGGCAUUCGCGGGAGGCUCUUAAGGCAGCCCAAAGCCGGAGUGACUGCGCCUGUGACCAGCCUGGGGAGUGAAGCUAAUGUCAUGGGAGAGUCCGGGGAGUUCAAGAUGGUGCUGAUUGUCCGCAAUGAUUUGAAGAUGGGAAAGGGUAAAGUGGCAGCACAGUGCUCCCAUGCCGCUGUUUCUGCCUAUAAGCAAGUUCAAAGAAGAAAUCCUGAACUCCUGAAACAGUGGGAAUACUGCGGACAACCUAAAGUAGUCCUCAAAGCCCCCGAUGAAGAGACUCUGAUCCAGCUCCUGGCUGAUGCUAAACACCUAGGACUGACUGUGAGCUUAAUACAAGACGCGGGUCGUACUCAGAUAGCUCCAGGCUCCCAGACAGUCCUUGGUAUUGGACCGGGACCAGCUGAUGUUGUAGAUAGAGUUUCUGGUCACCUGAAGCUGUUUUAA